AUGUUGAAAACCAUGAAGACCAACCUUAUAGCGGCACUGGCGGAGGAUGGCUUACCUGACAACAGCACAGCACUAAUCCGGAAUCUGGUGAGCGGCAAAGCGGGACCACUGACACUGCCGGAUUUCCAGCGGCUCUUGAUCGCAUCGCGCGGCAGGUGGUCAGAAGCCGUGAUGCUUUUGCAAGAACUGAGGCGGCGGGAUUUGCAACCAUCAGUCUUUCAGUGGCAGCGGGACUUCGGCUGGGUAACCACGGCUCUUGAAGCAUCAGGGAUGUGGCAGAAGGCGCUGGAGUUGCUGAGAUGGAUGGCCUUAAGCGAUCUGGAAGUGAACCACGUCGCCGAGACCGCAUCCGGCUGGCGACUUCGUGAUGGAGCUGGGGAAAAUGCCAGGAAAGAAGCAACAAAGGCGCUGCUGAAUCCAAGAUUGCGGAAGAUGCUCAUGUUGAGGUUGUAUACUGCAAAAGCGAGAAAGGAUGCUGCAGACGUGGAGGUCGUGGCCACUGCCCUUCGCAGCUACGGAGCCCCGAAACCUCGAGACUACGUUGUUCUUCUGUCUGCAUAUGGUGCAGUUCAUCUUUGGCAGUCUGCGCUGGGCGUGUUGAAGGAAAUGCAGACUCUGCAGUUUGCUCCCGACAUUGUCAGCUACAACGCAGCUCUUAAAGCAUGUGAGAGAGGUUGCCAGUGGUCUGCUGCUCUGGCUUUGUUUUAUGACAUGCCUAGUGUAAUGUUGAACCCAGACCAGAUCAGCUACACAGCCCUCAUCGAGAGCCUGGGUCAACAGAAGUUCUGGGAGCAGGCUUUGCAGCUGCUGGCGAGCAUGGACACCGAAGGCACAGCACCGGACGUAGUGGCAUACAGCGCGGCUAUGGCAGCAUGCGCCAAGGCGCAGAAGUGGUGGCUUUCCCUGGGGCUCUUGGCCGAGCUAGAAGCGAGGAACCUGCUCCCUGAUCAAGUCUGUAUGGGCAUAGCUCUGAAUGCCUGCGAAUUCUCGCGGAAGUGGAGACAUGCAGUAGCUCUCCUGCGUCGAGUAACAGGUUCCCGGAAAGAGGGCCCAGACCUACCCGGAGAAGUCGAUUUUUUAGGUCUGACUGCUGCAGAGUGGAGGCCUUUGGAGAAAGCACUUGGCAUAAUUGAGGAAAUUGACUGGCUGCCAGAAGAUCCUAACGAGGAUCCAGAGCUUGAGAAGAAAUGGCAGGAAUUUCGACGCCGCCACCAGGUGUCAGAUUGGGAUGCCCGGGGACUGGAAGACUGGCAUGCGGCAGUGGCGGCAGAACAGGUGCUGCACACGCUUGGUCAGUCAGAAAUUCCCAUCAACACGUACAUUUACAGAGCUGCAAUUGGAGCAUGCUCACGCUGUAAGAAAGUCGAAAUGGCUUGCACUAUUUUGGACGAGAUGUCUUGUCGGUUUCCGUUGACUGCCAUGCUGGUGACAGAUGUUGUAAGCGGCCUUGCAGAUGUCAGCGACUGGUGCCGCGCUAUUCAUCUGCUGGCGUUGCCCGACCACCCAGACACUGUCCUUUACAAUGCAGUCAUGGAAGCCUGCGGCCGUGCGUCGCAGUGGGAACGCGCCACUCACAUUCUGCAGCAGUUGACAGUGGAACAGCUGUCUCCUUCUGUGGUCACAUUCAAUACAUUGCUGUCCUGCUAUGUGCAGUGCAAGAAGACUGGAAAGGUGGAGAAGCUCCUGCGAAGCAUGCAAGAUUUCAGAGUUGCUCCAGAUGGAGUGACUGAAAGCUUCUUGGAAGAUGAGACGUUGCUUCGGUCUGCACGAAUUCAGGCCCUGCGCCGGGGUACCAUCAUUCCAUUGGAAAAGAACUUUAGCUUGCAUGAAGUCUGA